GGCCCCUUCCAACUCAGGAUACUCUGUGAUUCUAUAAAAUGAUUUGGAUGGGAAAGGGGCUGCCCUGAGCAAAGACAUGCACUGGCCACAUUUGACAUCUGACUUGUGGGAGUCAAGGAAUGGUCACCCUGAAUGACUCAAGUGUUAUCAUGGAUUGAGCUUGGUUUGGAGAGAUGAGGCUCACAGAAAAUAGGGGUAACAAGUGUUUAAGACCUGAAAGAAGCCACUGUCUUGGGAACUGGAGAGUCUGAGACCCCAUUCAAUAUGUUCACACACAGGGCUUACCUUUGCAGAGGUGUACCUGACACAUCUGACACCAGCUGAGCUGUUGGAGCUGUUGGAGUUUUUUUGGCUUGUUCCUCCAGCUGUGGAUCCAGCUUACUGACCCCUUCAUUGCUGUGCCAUGGUCCAUGUUUGUCUCUAUUUCAUAAACAGCUGACAAUAAAGUGAUGUGGUCUCUCUGGCAUGAAGUAAAUCCAGACUAGCAUCAACACCUUGACCCAGGGUAGAUAGCAAGCACCAUAGCAUGGCCCCAGAGAUGGCAGCAGGCAGGGACAGUCAUGGUCCUAACUGCUUCCCCCAAACAGGGACAAGAGAUUUGUCAUGGACUACAUGCUGGAGACCAGCCAGCUAAAGCAGAAGCUUCUGAAAACCAUCUACAGUCUCCAGGUGAAGUCAUUCACCACACUGCAGUCAGCCAGCCCGCUGCUGCACAGCCAGCGUGGCAUGGGCAUGGUGACCCAGCACCAGGUCCACCAGCUGGCAGAUAAAGCCAAAAGCCUGUGUGGAGAUCUGGACAACAUCAAGAACCUCCUCCACUAUUGCCAGGAUGACCUGGUCCGGCAGAUUCCCAACCCCAGUGGCAGCCGCUAUGGAGGUGUCAGUGGAAUCCAUUGCUCCCUGGAUGGCUCCAUCUACGUGACAGCUGAGAGCGCUCCCUGGGUCCACGUCCUCAGCAGCACAGGCCACACACGGCAGUCCCUGCCCUGCCAGCAAGAAGGCAAGGGAGGCAGCAUUUUCUUGCCAGAAGAUGUGACUGUGACUAGGAUGGGAAUGGUGGCUGUAACUGACGUGGUGAAUGAAGCCAUCUGGGUCUUCAACCCUCACACCAGCCUCUCCAAGGGGGAAUGGAUAAAGAUCAGGAAGGUUGGUUCCCCCAGGGGUAUUGGAGUAGACUCCGUGGGCAACAUCCUGGUAGCAGACUACGCACAAGGCCAAGUGCACAGCUUUGCUCUGGACCAUGCCUUCAGGACAGUCAAUGUCCACUCUGUCCCCAAUCUGCAGGGACCUCGUUACGUCAGUCCGGUGCCCAGUGGAGGCUUUGUGGUGAGCGAGGAGUGUGGAGAUGUCAAGGUCUUCAUGAGCAGCCAUAAGCUCCUCUGCUCCCUCAGCAGCAAAUAUGGACACCAGUUUGGCAACCCCGCUGGGGUCUGCGUGGACACGGACGGCAGCAUCCUGGUGGCAGACGAGCAGCGCCGCACAGUCCACUUGUUCCCAGAGCACGGAGCUCCCAUCUGCCUGGUGUCCACAGGGCUGCGGAGGCCCGCUGGCAUGGCUUGUUCUUCCUCUGGACACCUCUUUGUGACAGACACAGUGGAGAACUGUGUCAAAGUCUUUAAGUACUGUGUGAGGCCCCCAUACAGACCCACCAAGGCUGGGGCAUCAUGUGCUGACCCAAACCAAACACACAGGUGGGGAGGGGGGGUGGUUCCCCUGCAGCCCCACUGAGCUGUGCAUCUCUUGGUGGGCUGAGAGCUCCACUGCUCUCACAGAUUCACAUAAUAGAAUCAUGGAAUGAUUUGGGAGGAACCAUAAAGACCAUCUCAUGGCAGGGACACCUUCCACUAUCCCAGAUUGCUUCAAGCCCUGUCCAACCUGGCCUUGGACAUUUCCAGGGAUGGGACAUUGCCCCAGACCUGACUGCCUGAUGGCCCCCAGCUUCUCCAGGACUAGACCAGCUCUGGACUCACUAGAGUAUGUAAAGGAUGACCCAGCUACUCAGAAUUUGCCUUGCAUUGGUGCCUCGGCAAACUUGUUAUCACCACAUCCACAAUUCCUUGUAUGUUUUCCAAAGCUGAUAUAAAUAUUUCUCCUCCCUCCAUGAAAUUUUGAUGUGCCAUGGUCCCAUCUUCCUGAUGCCAGAGUGUGACUGGAGAGGUUAAGGCCAUGCCAGAAGUCCAUGGAAUCACACAAUGGUUUAGAUUGGGUCCUUAAAGAUCAUCUAGAUCUACACCCUGCCAUGAGUAGGGACACCUUCCACUAGAUCAGGUUCCUCCAAGCCCUGUCCAGCCUGGCAUAACUGAGCCAACUGGUCUGUCCUAAUUCAUUCCCAGGCUGUUAGGGGGGAUUUUGCAAUUGGAGAACAGCACACUGGGUCUGCAGCAGACUUCAGGAAAAGGGUGAGAUGAAGGGAACUCCUUCUGUGCUGCAUUCCUGACCUCUACAGGGAAGCAACAACCACUGCACAGAGUAAAUUCCAUACGGGAACGUGGAACUCCUCACACUGCCCCACAUCCUGGGGCUGGAGCUGCCCUGUUGUCCUCAGGAGAGGAGGGAUCAGAGCCACGUUCCCUGCCUUUAUCAGCAGGGGCCAGGGGAAGGCGGGCAGGGUGUGCCGACACAGGGAUGGGCGUUUUCCUCUCCCCGCUCCAGCCCUCGGUGUGGGCAGGGAGCCCGACUCCUGGGUCUCUGCUGAUGUCCCAGACCCAAGUCACUGCCUCUGAUCCCAAAGAGAGCCUUGCUCCCUUCUGGCCCUGGAACAGGCACUGAACACAACAGACACCCCGAGGUGCCCUCCAGGACCCCCCUCCCUGCAGAGUGAGGCAGGAGCGGGCUGCAGGGUCUGCAGGAACAGGGGGAUCAGCCUGUCCCAUCCCGGGAAGCUGAGCUCCCUCCCAGAAGACCAAAUCUCCCCCACCUUAUUUCCAAUUCUGUGGCAUCCAACAACAAAAAUACACCCAACAACAACAAACCUUUUCUGAAGCCCACCCCCACCUGCUCUCCCUUCCCAUGUGGGACCUUCUUAUGCUGUCCAGCAUCUUCCCAAGCUCCCUGGCCCAAACCCACUGCCAGAUCACAGGACAAAACUCUUGGGCACUUGUGACAUCCGUGGGCCUCUGCUAGGCCAGGCAUCCACCGAGGUGCUCAGGAUGGGGGUCAAGAGUGUCCCAUCAGCACAGCCGAGCCCCUCGCCAGUGGCACGGGAGACAACAGGGUUCCCUGAGGAAAGGCGAGUCCCUGAACUUUGGGGAUUGCGGUCCCACUACAGGGAUGAAGGACAAUGGGGUCCCACAUGGAAAGGCGAGUGCCUGGCCUGUGGGAUGAGCGACAGCAGGGUCCCGUGAGAACAGAGGAGCCCCUCGAUUCUGGGAACAGCAGGGUCCUGUGAGGACAGGUAAGCCCCUGGCCUGUGGGGAUGGAGCCGACAGUGUCCCGUGAACACAGGCGAGCCC